AGGGGUCCGGGGUCAGACCCCACCCCCCCAGGCCAGCCCCCUGCCCACCCCCCGCUCCACUCUCCCCCCCCAGGAGACCCCCUCCUCUCCAACACCUUCACCGAACCCACCAGGAGCAUCGUGGGGCCCGUGGGCCCCCCCGGACCGGUGGGGCCCAUGGGUCCCCCCGGCCCCCCGGGCCCCAUCGGGCCCCCCGGACCCCCCGGACCCCACGGAAGAGCCGGAGCCCCCGGAGCUGCGGGUCCCCCCGGGGAGAAGGGGGACAGGGGUCCCCAGGGCCACCCGGGCAGCCGCGGGCAGGACGGGGCGCAGGGCGAGCCGGGCCCCCAGGGCGAGCCAGGCCACAGGGGCACUUGGGGGGAGGGUUUGCACCAGCUCCGGGAGGCGCUGAAGAUUUUAGCGGAGAGGGUUUUAAUCUUGGAAACAAUGAUUGGGCUCUACGAGCCGGAGCCCGGCUCGGGCAGUGCCCCCCCGGGCACGGCGUCGCCGGGGGUGUCCCGUGGGAAGCGUGGCGGUGCCCACCCUCCCUAUCGCAUCGUCACCCGCCCCCGAGGGCCCUGAG